AUGUCCUCUCAUUCCCGCAGCCCUUCGCAGGCGCGCUCCACCCGCCAGCAUGCGCCGAACACGCCCAGCCAACUGCGCGAAUCGCAUUAUCCCUCCGAUUCGCCAGAACAAUCGACACACACCGACUUUGGCAUCCCAGGCGCCAAGAGUGGGGCUGCACCUCGCAACAGCUCUAAGCUUCCAACAUCUCCCCGCCAUGGCUCUCAGGCUUCCGUCCGCUCUUCAGCACCCACCGAAGGCUCCUACAACCAGCCCGAGUCGAGCGCGCAAGCCCAGUUGCGGAGCCAACGCGACAGCGAGAGCAGCUCUUCCUUUUCGCACGACAUGUCGCCUGGGAAGUCGCCGCGGCCCGAGACGGCGAGAAGUUAUGGGAGCUUCAACUCGGAAAUCCUGCGCGAUGGCUUUGGCGGUCGCUAUCCCGGCGACGACACCGCCAACACGCCAGGCGCCGCUACCCCGCUGCUGGGCGACGCGGUGGCGGAUGGCCUGCUGAGCGGGCAAGGAAAGCACAACACAACUUCGUGGCUGGCAGAGAUGCAUGGCAUCAGGAACAGGAAGAUGAUGUACCUGGCUUACUACGUGCCCAUAUUCAACUGGAUCCCGCAGUACAAGCUGAGCUACCUGCGCGGCGAUUUGAUAGCGGCCGUUACCAUGGCCUCGUUCUACAUCCCCAUGUCUCUGUCCUACGCAUCCAACCUCGGCCACAUCCCGCCCAUAAACGGUCUUUACAGCUUCUUCAUCAAUCCCUUGAUCUAUUCCAUCCUGGGCACUGCGCCGAUGAUGGUGGUGGGCCCCGAGGCCCCAGGCUCGCUCCUCACCGGCGAAGUGGUCAGAGAGAACAUCCGGAGGGGAGCAUCUGGCGACGAUGAUGCCGAACUGAAUGCUCAAAUUGCCGGUAUUACGACGUCGAUUGCCGGUCUCGUCAUUCUUCUGGGUGGUCUAUUCCGACUUGGCUUCUUGGACAACGUCCUCAGCAGACCAUUCUUGCGAGGCUUCAUCAGUGCCAUUGGCGUCGUCAUCUUCAUCGACCAGCUUAUUCCGCAAUUGGGGAUUGCUCGUCUCGCAGACGGACCGCAGGGUGUUCAGCACGGCAGUGCCGUUGAGAAACUAAUCUUCAUUGUCAGGCAUGUCGGGCAGGCGCACGGCCUUACGAGCGCCAUUUCCCUCGGCGCAUUUGUUAUCAUCAUGUUCUUUAGGGAAAUGAAAAGACGCCUCCAGCCCCGGUACCCCGGUGUUGCAUUCAUUCCGGACCGGUUUGCCGUCGUCGUUCUGUCCGUCGUCCUUACGUGGUGGUACCGCUGGGACCAACACGGGCUGGCCAUUCUUGGAAACGUCAACGCAGCGGGCGGCGGCCUGUUCAAAGUCCACUUUCCCUUCGAUUUCUCGCAUCUGAAGUACGCUUCGAGCGCUUUCGAGACGGCCUUUACCAUUGCGUUGCUGGGCUUUUUCGAGUCUUCUGUAGCCGCAAAGAGCUUGCCUCCGGCCAAGGACGGACUUCAAAGAGUCAAUACCAGCACAAACAGGGAGCUCGUCGCGUUGGGCAUUGCCAAUGUGACUGGGGGGCUCUUCAUGGCCCUGCCCGCAUUUGGCGGAUAUGGUAGGAGCAAGGUAAACGCGUCCACUGGUGGCAGGACCCCGAUGAGUAGCGUUUUCUUGAGUUUGAUCACUCUCUUGUGUCUACUUUUCCUCCUGCCGUAUUUCUACUAUCUUCCGAAAGGCGUCCUUUCGGCCAUGGUCGGGGUGGUCGCAUUUUCCCUGGUGGAAGAGGCACCGCACGACAUUCAUUUCUUCUACAAGAUCCGCGGCUGGUCCGAGCUCAGCCUGAUGCUCAUCAUCUUCCUGGUGACGAUAUUCUGGGACCUGAAGAAGGGCAUCGCGGUGGGCAUCGGCCUCUCGCUGCUGCGCGUCAUCAAGCACGCGACGCGGCCGCGCAUCCAGAUCCUCGGCCGCGUGCCGGGCACGACGGAGCGGUUCGAGAACGCCGAGAUGGACCCCGGCCGGCUCGAGUUCGUCGAGGGCUGCCUGAUCGUCAAGAUCCCGGAGCCGCUCACCUUCGCCAACACGGGCAGCCUGCGCAGCCGGCUCAAGCGGCUCGAGGAGCACGGCACCAACGCCGCGCACCCGGCCCUGCCGCGCGUCCGCCCCGACGAUCACAACAGGAACGUCAUCUUCGACUUUCACGGCGUGACGUCGCUCGACGGCGCCGGCGCGCAGGUGCUGCUGGAGAUCGUGCAGAACUACGUCGACCGCGGCGUCAGGGUGUUUUUCUGCCGCGUGAGCGGCGAGGGGAGCGAGGUGUGGAGGCUGUUCGAGCAGAGCGGCAUCGUCGAGACGGCUGGCGGGCAGAGGCAUUUCGUCGGCAGCGUCGACCAAGCCCUCCGCAUGACGGAGCUGGAAAGCCUGACGGAAGCGCUCGAAACGGCGGGCGAUAGAGAGGAAGGUCCUUCGUAG